GGGGUUGCCGCGGAGGAUGGUUUCGCUCCCAGUCGCGUUUGCGUGGCGUCUGAGAGGCGCUGGUGGACCCCCGGGUUUAGACACUGAGGACAGCCUGACCAGCAGGAAUAGACCUAACUAUUUGGAGCCUUGGAUUGUGACUCUUCUGCUGGAAUACAAAGAAUCUGUAACCAGAACAGAUGGACAGCUUGGACAUGUCCUGAAGGUUUUGAAUGAGCCAAAGAUUCAACAGGAUGCUAAGCAGGGCCCAGAAACGAUUCUGUAUAUUGGAGAUGGACAUCACUAUAUUGAAGUGGUGGUUGCAGCCAAAGCUGAAAGCUCUAUAGCUCAGUCUGGAUUUUCUGGUAUUAUUGGCCAAUUCAUCAUCUUGCAGAAUUAUAGAGUGUGUUUUAAAGCGGCAACUAAAAUGGAAGAUUGUCAAUUUUAUCUCACCCUUGAGUGUUUCCGUGUCAUGCCCAUGAAGAGGCAGGAGAAGAGGCUAUGGGAUUGCAAUCAGGAGCCAUCAGUCCUGCAAAAGAUAAAGGAACUAUGGCAGAAAAGCUUUGUCCUGCAACCAUGGUUCAGCUCAGAAUCACCAUCUGUUUCCCAAGUAUUGAAAGAGAUAAACCAGGAUCAACUGAGCACUUUGAAACAAAGCGCUAAAGAUUGUCUCAACUUAUUGGACCCUGGGAAAAUGUUGGAUUCUGAGCAACUGGCAGUAUAUCCUAACACUAAAUGGCAACUGGAACGGAAGCAAGAUAAGAUACACCAAGACAUCUUUACUGUUCCAGCUAAGUUCCUGGUGAUCAGUGCAGAAAAUGAGGCAGCACUUUCCCGGUCCUACGCAUCAAAGACCCCUCAAGCUGUUCCUGAAACUGAUGAAAAUAUUCAAGAUGAUGACCGCAGUACUAUAUCCUUUUUCAGUGCAGCAGAUUCUGCAAGUUUGGAUGGAUCCUUAGAGAAUCCCUGGGAUGCAUUCCCAGGAAUAACUUUGAGCUCCUCUAGUGAUACUUCUGGCACAUCUCCUGGCCUUCCCCAGACACAGCAGAUGCUCCUGGCCAGUCCUGCUGAAGAAGCAAAUACACACUCCAGUGCUUGUGCCUCAGAUUUCCUGGAGCCUUGUGAUAAUCUGUCUCACUGUAGUUCUGAGCAGGCUGCACCUGUGAGGCCUCCAACACUGCUUCAUCCUCAGGACAGUGAAUUUCCCAAGGGAGCCGCCAACUGGGAAUCUGGUCUGAUUGCGCCAACUACAGCAGGCCAGGCCAGUGAAAUUGCAGACAGUGUUCCUUGUGGUCAGCCAUUAAAUAAAUCUCGUCUUCACAAUUCUGUGCAUCUUUAUUCUCCUGUCCAUCAUUCCACUGAGGGCGACUUCUCCUCUGAGGCGGUGUCCGAAAAUAGGAAAGACUGUCUGUCCCAUGCACAGAGGGCUAAGAGGAUGACAGCUAGAUGGAAAUGCCUUGAAAAAUAUGUGUCAGCUAAAAGGAAACAGGUGCUAGAUGAAGAGGAACCUUCUGAGACUUUUUCUGGUCCAACUUGUAGUAGUAAUCUGGAAGCUGUAGGGCAGUGCUCUACUGGGACUGUUAAAAAAUCUAGUAAUCCAAAUAAGAAACAUUUACAUCGGUAUCCUACCAUGAAAUUUGUAAGUACUCCCAAGAAAAGACGGUUCAAGGCGAUCCAGAUUCAGCAGUCGUGUGUAUGCCCCCAGUGCAGUUGUGCAGAGAGACUUCUAGAAAAAGGGAGUGAGCAGGAACCGACAGGAAUGGUCACCAGGAAGUCAAAGCAAAUUGGAGUUCAACAAAAGGAGUGUGUGAAAGGAGACCGUUUUCAUUUUAUACACAACCCGCCAACACCUGAGCUCUGCUCUCAAGUGCAAUCUGUAAGGAUCUCAAGAGCAUUACUGGGAUGGGCACGCUGGGUUUUCAGCAACAUGCAGAAGCAGUAAACUUCCCGAGAUUCCUUGAUCACAAGUUGAAUUAUCUAGACACUUUUGCUAUGUUAGUCUGUUCUGUUCUUUAUUCGAUUUUUUUGAAGACAGAUAUGCUGUUUUAGUUUCACAUACAAAAAGAAAAGGUACCCUUCACAUUUUCAUCUAAGGUUGUUCAGAUGUCUAGAGCAAAGACUGCUUUGAUUUUAAGUACAAAGAUGUGCCACUGUUUCUUUAGGGGAUGGUGGUAUGACAGUGCUAUAAUACAAAAUGCUCCUGUUUAUAAAAGACUAUAAAUGGGACUCAGCUAUAAAUGUAAGUUGUUUGUAUUAUUUUUGUUUUGUAACUUGUUAAAAUAAACUGGUAACUAUUACAGUUUGUCUUGUAUUUCAUAAAGGUAAGAUUUUUUUAAGUAGGGGAAAGCUUUCUGCUUUUUACAGUUGGUUGUAAAUAGAAGGCAAAGAAAUUUAGUCUUUUAAAUGUGACAUAUGGAAAGUACUCUUCCUAAGCUAGUGAGCACUGGCAUGCAAAACUUGCAGUUUUAUCUGCAAUGAGGGAUAUAUUUAAGGAGCUUACCAAUUUUAAAGUUAGAGAAGAUCUGUAUCCUAAGUGCUUAUUUGAGCUGGUCCACAAAUUGCUCACAUUAUUGUAUUCAUUUUGCUCCCUUGAUAAAUUUACCCUUAAAGUAUAUCCUCUGUCCAGUAAUGUCUAAAUUUUACAUGUUGCACGAUUUACUUGUAUCUUAGAAUUAUUUUUCCCACAGGUGGCAUCUGAGUUUGUAGAGCAUAAAUACAGUAGCGUGUAGCUACAGCCACAUAGUGGUGUUUAAUGCAAUUAAGAAUACAAAAUGAAAUUGUGGGAACAAACUAUGUAUUCCAGACCUCAUAGUAGUCAGUGAGAUACCGCUAGUAAGCCUGCAACACAUGAAGGCAAAUGAGAUUAUUCUCCAUAACAAAAACAGAGUUUAUAUCUUUAUGCUUCUAAAGAUGGAAGUUCCAUUACAGGUUAUGCCUGAUACUCAUGAAUUUCUUUUAUCCCUUUUAGAGCAUUAUGAGUAGUGGAUAUAAUUGCUUCUUGAGGCUGUAGCUUUCAUAAUUCAGUAUUGUAUAAAGAACUUACUUUGUCUAUUCUCAAUCUACUGUCAGUUUCAUUAGUUAACUAUGAAGCAAAGCAAUAUUAAAUUUGUACAGCACUUUCCAGGAGAUGGAUACGCUGUGUCAUUAAGGUAACUGAGUGUGGCAUGGAGAAAGGCAUUAUGGAAGAAGAAGAUAAACAUUCAUUACUAUAAUAGAAAUUCAUCUAAUGAAGUGCUAUACAAAUGUAAACAUUUCUUGCUUUAAGUGAUGAAGGGUUUAUAUAAUGGUAUAUAUUUAUAAAAAAAUGCCAUAAAGGAAGUAAACAAUUUAUGCCAACAUCAAUAUGAAUUAAAAUGCUUGAUUUUUAA